UCCCCGGAAAUAUUUCCCUUUGAAAUGCACGAUAAAUAAAAGCUGUGCGUUUAUUCGAUAUUAUAAUUCUGUGACUCAAUAAGUAAACGAAAUGUUGAGCAUGGACAUCUCCUCUGAUGAAUCUGACGACUGGUUUAUGGAGUCUCUAAUCGCGGUGAGUCUGACAGCAGUAACAUACAGAGACCUGCAUCUGUUUCAACUCGACCAUCCUACAAAAGUAAUUGAGUGGACGGGUGACAAAAGUAUUUGUGUUGCAGGAUACACCGGAGCUAGAUGUGAAAUAUUAGAGUUACUUCUGCCUCUAAAGUUAUAUGCAGGAGACAAUCAAGGUCUUUGUGCAGAAAGAGACUUCAAGGUACAGCAUGGUGGCUUUUCAGAGGAACCUGUCGAGUGUUUGAUACAUAUCCCAGGAACAAGGUGUGUGGCCACUAGUGGAAAUUCUAAUACACUGCAGAUUUGGGACAUUGGAGGCGAUGACAGUGAUGUUAUUAAAAAGACUGGUGUCAUAAACCUCAAGAGCCCAUCAGCAAAAGGCAGUAAAAUAACACCUGGAUUCACAGACAGUCCAACAGUUCUUCAUGGUUCUUGUAUAAGUGACAUUCAGCUGACAGAGAUUGCAACAGGACAGGUUCUGUAUACAGUAGGAAAAGAGUCCUCGGAUUCAGUGAGUGGCCUACAGUUUGUGAAUGCUUUUGUGUUCCUCAUCUGUUCAAGCAACGGUGCUUUACUCCUUGGUGACACGAGAGAUCCCUCGAUUUGUCAUUAUCCUCUGGAAGAGAGUAACAGUGGUUUGCACUGGUCAUUUGGGUUGAAGAGUGACAGCUCUCAAUCAGAACCUUCCUGUUGUAAAGUAGCAAGAGUGUCUUCUUCCGGUCACAUGCUUCUAUCUGAUCUAAGAGAUUUACAGAGUCCUUUUUGUCAUACUCAAAUAAAGGUCCCACACAGUGCAUCAAAGAACCACUUUAUGAAUAUUUCUUGGGCCCCCGUUCUCGACAAAUGUCUGUCUGUGUCAGGGUUCGAUGGAACAGUUCACAUCUACAACACGAACAAUUGGAGCACUGAGUCAUUGAGCCCUCAGCCAAUAUUUCAACCGAGUCAUGAAAUGUCACAUGAGGCAAUAUCCAGCACUUCCCCAGCUGUGGUCACCACUCAUUCUUGGCAUCAGUCUCGACAAACUCUUCUUUCUGCAGCUACAGAUGGAUCUCUGCAUGUGUGGGACUGGGUGGACAAAAUCACGGACAGAUGAUGCUGAUCAGUAGAAAAACAAUUGUGUAAUGACACAAG